AGCUCUGCAAUGGCAGCUAAUGCUGAUGAUGUCAAGCAACGCAUGAAAGAUGGCCAGGAUGAAAGGGAAGACAUACAGAAAAGAUCCUUUACAAAAUGGAUAAAUUCACAGCUGUCAAAAGCUGGUCAUUCCUUGGUUACAGAUUUGUUUACAGACCUUAAAGAUGGCACCAUUCUAUUGUCACUGCUGGAGGUCCUUAGUGGUAAAUCUAUGGGAAAAGAGAAAGGUCGCAUGCGAGUUCACCAGAUCAACAAUGUGAAUCGAGUCUUGGACGUGCUCGCUCGAAAUUACAACAUUAAACUGGUCAACAUCAGCAGUAAUGAUAUCGUGGACGGGAACCAGAAACUAACGCUAGGUCUAGUGUGGAGCAUCAUCCUUCACUGGCAGGUUAAAGAUGUAAUGAAGGAUGUGAUGGACGACUUGAGACAGACAAAUCUGGAGAGGACUUUGUUGACGUGGUGUCGUCAGUGUACGGAGGGAUAUCAGAAUGUUGAUAUCCAUAACUUCACGACCAGCUGGAGGGAUGGGCUGGCCUUCAACGCCCUUCUUCAUCACUUCAGGCCCCAGCUAUUUGUGUACGAUGAUCUGCUGAAGAAUGACAAUGAGACCAACUUAGAACAUGCCUUUCGUAUCGCACAGGAUCAUCUCAAAAUCGAUAGACUGCUAGAACCUGAGGAUGUUAACGUAAAGACUCCCGAUAAGAAGUCCAUUAUGAUGUACCUUAUGUGUUUCUUCCAAGUCCUCCCUCACACUGACAUCCCCACCCCCGAGGAUGACCUGCCCCCCUCCACCCCCUCAUCAGCUACAGAUAAUGGCAACUUUCAGUUUACCGACCACAACAGUAAUAAAGAGGUCAUUAUGUCCAUCAGCAGUUCCUCUAGUCAGCACAGCAUGACCAGCACGCCCUCAGUUGACCUUUCGACUUACCAGGAUGACCUUGAGAAUGUCCUUGCCUGGCUCCUGGAGGCUGAGGAAAUAGUGGAGAAACAGGAACCCAUAGGAAAUGACAUCAAGAAGGUCAAAAGUCAAUUCAACCAACAUGAGGAGUUUAUGUUAGAACUGACCAAACAUCAGGACAGCAUUGGUAAUGUGGUCAAAGAGGGCAACGACCUCAUUACCGAGGGCAAGGUUGUGGCAGAGGAGGAGAAUGAGAUCCGGGUCCAAAUGGGGCUCCUCAACAACCGGUGGGAGGAGCUCCGCCUCAAAAUGAUUGACAGACAGUCCAAACUACAGAAGAAGUUAAUGUCCACACAACAGAAACAGCUGGAUGAGUUAGCUGUAUGGCUGGAGAAGAUGGAGGAGAGGAUCCGCAACCAGGAACCAAUCGGAUCAGACUUAGAUGCCAUUAAACUCCAAAUAGCCAAUCACAAGAAAAUUCAACAAGAGUUAGAAGUCCAACAAAAGAAAGUGGACAGCUUACAAGAUAUGGUAGUUGUUGUGGAUGACACUAACACAGAGACAGCCUGUGAAGCCAUGGAAAGCCAACUUCAAAGAUUGGGAAAGAAGUGGGCAGCCAUUUGUACAUGGACGGAACAGCAAUGGCUAGUGCUACAGGACCUCCUUCUCAAGUGGCAGAACUUCUCCGAGGAGCAGGACAAGUUUUCUGAUUGGCUGGCUGAGAAGGAGGGAGUGCUGGGCACUAUGAUGGAGUCUGACCUCACAGACCCUGAUACUGUCAUCAAACAGGUCAAAGAUCUCAAGAUGAUUGAGAAUGACAUGGUAGAACAAGUCCAGAGGUUUGAUGCCCUCACGGAGUGUGGCCAGCAGAUCGUUCAGUACGUAGACAAUGAGACAGCUGUACUCAAAAUCAGCUCACAACUCGAGAGCUUCCAGGAACGCUGGGAGAGACUCGUACAACAGAUGGAGACACACAGCAAAAAGAUUGCAAACUCAGGUGUAGAACUAAGCAAUGUUUCCAUGGAAAUGAUGUCAGAAUUCACAGAAGAUGGAAAACUUAAAAAUCCCCCAAACACAGCCAAAAAACGGAAGGUUGACUCCAUGUUGAAGUCACAGUUUGACAUGGAGUCGAAGAAACUUCUGGAAUGGUUUGAGAGGACAGAGUCCACACUAGAACUGCUGACCAAAGAUGAGGAUGGUGCCAGUAGUUCUUCCACUGAUCAGUUCACAGCUGAGGAACAACUGGUUCUUGUUCAGGACACGGAAAAUGAUGUAGAACAGAGGAAGAGUGAUGUACGUUCUGUGUUGUCUACAGGAAGACGAGUGAUGACGGAACUCAACUUUGCUGGAGAAUCAACAGACAGUGUAGCGGCCACUCUCACUGACAUACAGAAUCGCUGGGACAGUCUAGCUGUCCUGUUGUCAGAAACCGUCACUAAGGUCAACCUCAACAUCCAGUCCAAAAAAUUCUAUGACGAACUCCACGCUCUCCAGGAACUGAUGUCCAGCUACGAAAAGUGGGUCAGCUCUGCGGAGAGGAUCGCUGAGGAAGCCAUGGAGAUUACAAAGCAGCUGGAACAGUGUAGGGUGAAAUUAAAGGCCAUGAAGUCCCAUGAGGACCGAAUAGACAGGCUGAACUCAGAAGCAGCUUCUCUUCUAGAGACCUCAGGCACUACCUCACAAAUCCAGAUGGACCUCGAGGCAUUCACGAAACGAUGGGAAACCACCUUCAAUAAAAUCUACAAACGCCAACAGGAACUUAUGAACGCUCAAGACAAGGCACCUCCCAGAUCAUACCUCGAGGCGAUGGAGGCCCUAUUGAAGUGGAUUACACACAUGGAGAGCGUGCUGGCCUCCGAGAGGUUCCAGGUCACAGAGUGCGAGGUCAUGGAGGAGCAGCUCAAACAGUACAGGAUUUUACAAGAGGAUCUACAGGAACAUCAGGGAAGUCUGGAAUACAUCAACAAGACAGGAAAGGAGCUGAUUGUCAAAUCCGGGCCCCACGACAAAGCCCAGGCCAUGGAAAAAAAUCUCGAGAGUCUCAACUCCAGGUGGAGCCACGUGUCUACUGAGAUCAACUCACGACUCGACAAACUCGAACGUGCCAUAGGGCAAAUCAAGCAGUAUCAAAACCAGACAAUCGGUUUGAACCGGUGGAUGGAGGAACUUGACGUCUUCUUGCAUGCACCAGAUCCGGCUACGGGGGACGUUCCCAAUCUCACUGCACAAAUGGCCGAGAGCAAUGGAGUGAAGGAUGAUAUAACCACUCUACAGCAAAAUGUAAACAACAUCAAGGACUUGUGCGAUCAGCUGACAGAAGAUGCCGAGCCCAAGUUUACCCAGAAAAUGACACAGGAAGUGACAUCACUCAACGAGAAGUGGAGCAAGGUGGUGAAUCUGGCGGAGGAGCAGAAUACGAGACUGAAGGAGGCCCUUGAGAGGAGUCAGAAGAUGAGCGAGAGGAUCAGAAAGAUGACAGAAUGGCUGGAGCCCAUUAAAGAGGACCUGUCAAACAAGGACUAUGCUGUAGAGAGCUUGAAUGACCUUCAGGUCAAGAGCAAAAAGUUCAAGACUUUGAGACAAGAUGUGGCUGGGAGAGAAGCAGAAAAUAACAAAAUCAAUGAAGAUGCUAAUGACAUGCUGAACAAAGCUCCCGCAGGGAGCCUCCAGGACCUGGCCCGGGCCCUCAUGAGGAUGAAUGCCCUGUGGACUGAUGUAUAUAACAGGGUGGGGCAUUACUCCCAGAUCUUCUCCACUGCAGAAAGCCAAUGGAAGGAGUUCAGUGCAUUUUUGGGUGAAGAAACUGAACGUUUAAAUUUGCUGGAAAGAAAAAUCAAACGUCCACGUCUGGCAAGCAGUGAUGCAGAGGAAAUUUCUGAAGACUUAGAUGACCUAGAAAUCUGUCUACAAGACCACACACUGGAAAAGAAGAACAGGCUUCAGAAACUGGGACAGGACUUGAUGGCUAACUCCAUCAUGGUGGACCACAUCAAGACACAACUGGACACCUACAGUGACCGGUGGAACAUUCUGGACUGCCAGGCAAGGGAGAAGAUCCACAAUCUUGAGACAUCCAUUAGCCAGGCCCAGGAUACAGAGAGGAAGAUUCUGGAGAUGACGAAUUGGAUGUCUGACAUCGCAGAUCUCUUACAGAAGAGGAUCGACGCAGACGUCGUCGCAGGUGACGUACCAGGGGAGUACGACUCCUUAAAAGAGGAAUUUAAACAAAACGAGGAAAUGCUGGGGGAACUGGAGGUUUAUUCUGCAGAAUUAGAAUCACAAGGCAACAUGGAGGCCAGUGCAAGGCUCCAUGAACAGAUUGAGUUACUGCGGAAACAUUUUGCUGAUGUGUCUGUGAAAUUUCGGAAGUUUCAAAGGCCAGCUGACUUUGAGCCCAAGUUUAACCGAGUGAAGCGGGAGUUAGAUAGCAUUGGGGAUCAGAUACACUUGGUGGAGGUAGGAUCUGAAGAUCCAGGACUUCUACAGGAAAAGUUAGACAUUUGUGUGAAGUUUUACCGUACAAUGAGUGAGUUGAAGUCUGAGGUAGAACAUGUCAUUAAGACUGGGAGACAGAUUGUAGAAAAACAACAGGUGGAGUUUCCAGACAAGUUAAACAAACAGAUGGAUGCUCUCAAACAGCAGUACAAUGAUCUAGGGGGCCAGGUCACUAAAGGCAAGUCCUCACUGGAGAAAGCUUUGAAGCUGGCCAAAAAGUUGAAGAAGGAAACAACUACAGUGAAGGACUUCCUGGAUUCUGUAAACAAAGACCUGGAUACCAAAGAGAACACACCUGGAGUCCGGAAUCUGGAUACAGAUCUUUCUUAUGUCAAGUCUGUACAAGAGGAGAUGCAGAGGAGGGUGUCUAUGUUGUCCACGAUGCGUGAACUUGUGAACCAGAUCCAGGACCUGUCUGAGGAUAAGGAACUCCCCGAGGCGGUCACUCACAUAGAGGCACUCUGUGAUGAGUGGGACAGUCUGGCCAAACGAUUGACCGUCAAACGGGAGAGACUUUCGGAUGACAUCAAUACCCUAGAACUCCUCUUUGUGGAUUUCCAGACUUCAUUAAUGAAGGUCAAAGAGUGGCUUGCUAAAGCUGAGAGCACACUAUCAGCACACGAGCAGCUUCCUGUCUACCAGCAAAUGUCCGACUACGAGAAAGAAAAAAUAGGUAUCCUCCAGGCAGAAAUUAAUGACCUGGUCGGCCAGGUGGAGGAAGUGAGAGACUCGGCUCUGAGUCUCAUGAGUAGGAGCGAGCGCUACAGUGCCAUGGUGGAGCCCGAGCUCACUCACCUAAAUCAGCGCUGGGAAGACAUCAGGCAAAGGGUAAAGCAUAUUCAGGAGCAACAGACAAAAGAUGGUAAUGUUUCUAUGGAAAUCACCAAAACAAUGGUGAAGGAGGUAUCCCAGAGUCCAUUGCUGUCCUCUGCUUCCCCUUCUAAUGAAACAGAUGACAGGGAUUUCCAAGAGCAGUAUGACACAGUUAUGAAGGAGGUCAUCGUCCUUGACAACAGCCUGGUCAACAAAGGUCAAGUGACAGCUGAUGACUUGUCUGGCAGACCAGAGGAAAAAACAAGGGUUCUGGAAGCAGAAGUGAAUAAAUUGCAGCUAGAUGUGUCUGGUAUUGCUGAUCAAGGGAGACUGCUUGCCCAUAAAAUUGAUUUGGAUGAUCAUGACAAGGCCAUCCGGAUCUACCGACAAGUGGAAGAUAUGAAGUCCAAGUGGAAUCAAGUGAAGACAAAUGCGGAGAAUAAGAAGACGAUUAUUUUGUCUGUUGGGACGACUUACAGUCAGAUACAAGGGGAGAUAAGGGAUCUCAAUGUCUGGUUUGACAAUAUUGAGAGGAGGAUCCACUCUGUCAGGAAGGAGGAUCUAAAGGCUUUUGAAGAAGAGCUGAGCAGAAGACAAAGAAAGAUAGAGUCUGUCAAUGAAGAGUCCGGGCAGCUGAGUGCCCAGGGGGCAGGAAAACUGUUGGAGAAAGACAUCUCACGCCUCAACCAACGAUGGGAGGACAUCAGUCAACAGGUCAAAGGUCGCAGGGACAUCACCACCCCAGAUCGACCAAUGGUGUUCAAGUCCUCAGUCGUCAUGACAACAACCAGUGCAGCAAGGAUGUCUGGGAAAUCUCCAGUAGAGUAUUUGCAUGACCUGCAGAAGCUUGUGGAGGACUUGUCACACAUACAUACGAAGCUGUUGUCACAUGUACUGCAUGGAAAUUUGUAUGACGACAUCAAUCAACAGGGAGAGAUACUACAGGAAAUCCAAGGUCACCUGGAGGACUUGCAUCCGCGGAUGGAGGAGCUGGAACAGCAGAGACAGGGGGUCCUGCCCCGAUGUUCCCCGGAGGAAGCGGGGAGGGUCCGUCUGACACUGGAACAACUACGGGCAGACUGGACUCAGAUCAACAGUCAGUUCAACAUGUCGCACAAGCGAUGGACACGAGCUUCAGAGCAGUGGAAACAAUUUCAUGCCGAUCUGAAGGAGAUCACAACGUGGUUACUGGUGGCAGAGUCUGACCUGGAAAUGAAUGGGGACACAGCUCAUAAGGAGAUAAGUAAUGGACUUCAAACCCACCGUGCAACCCUGAACAACAUGAAUGCCGCAGGAAAUGACAUCAUCGGACAGUCCAACAUGCUGGAGUCCAAAGCUAUGAAGGAGAAGCUGGACUCCAUCAACAAGAGAUGGGAGACACUGUUUCUGGCCGUUCAGGAACAGACUGACAGGACAUGGACCUCGGACUCCAAACAGUGGGAAAGGUUUCAUGCAGACAUGAAGCAGGUGACAACAUGGCUACUUGUGGCAGAAGCUGAUCUUGAGAGGAAGGGGAAAGCAGCACAUGAGGAGUUAAGCAGUGGUAUCAAGGAUCACCAGAAUAUCCUAAACAACAUGAACGCUGAAGGAAACGAAGUCAUUCGACAAUCUAACAAGGUGGAUGCUGUGACGCUGCGACAGAAGCUCGAUUCUAUCAACAAGAGGUGGGACAGCCUCUGUCAUGCCGUCCUCGACAAAACAGACAGCUCAGCAGAUGACAGGAUGAAGACGUCGGAUUUCUCAGCAGAAAUGGACGAGCUCUUCCUCUGGAUUGAUGAGACGGAGAACGUCCUGGCUAGUUACGUCACUUUGGAGGAGAAGAGCUUGGAUGAGGCCUUGGAGAAAAUCAAGGACAAGGAGGAUGAGGUGACAGGAAAGAAGAAGAUGCUACAGCAGAUAAACACAAAGGGAGAGAAACUACUAAGGGGGACAACUCUAACACCAGGGGACAAAGAAAAUAUACAUAAAGAUCUGGAUAGCCUUAACAAGAGGUUUGUCAAGGUGGCCAGUGAUAUUCCUCUCCACAUCACAAGGACACAACAAAGACUACACAAGCUCCAACAGUUCCAGUCUGAGGUGUCAGAGCUCCAGCAGUGGCUCACCUCCACUCGGUCCCUCCUCGAGGCCCAGCACGCCCCCUCCUCAGCCACCUCAAUGGACCAGGAUGACUCCAUUGUUGUAGAUCCUGAGUCAACAAGGGCAGCUAUUGAGUCUCACAGAGAAAAUGUAGACAGCAUCAACAGCCAGUAUGGAGACUUAAUGGAGGAAUGUGCAGAACAGGAAGUGGUGAUGCCAGACAGUAUUCAGCAGCAAAUCAACGAGGUCAACUCUGAUUGGGAGAAAUUACAAGGCCUUGUGGACAGAAUUAAACCUGUGACGGACAACUUCUUGGAAGAAGUCUUAACCCAAGUCAAAGUUUCUCAGAUGCAGCACACUGUUAUCGUAGAAUCAAGGCAGACAGCGGUGACCUCUGAGGUCAGUCAGAGUUCACUCAUCCUGGACUUUGACAGGUCUGUAGCGGAGCUCCGCGAUUGGCUGACCCUGCUGGAGAGAAUGCUAAAGACACAGAGGGUCACAGUGGGGGAUAUUUCUGAUAUUGAACAGACCAUUAUGAAACAGAAGAAUGUUCUGCAAGACAUGGAGUCCAAGAGACCUCAACUAGAACAAGUUUUGAGCACUGCCAGGGAUUUACAGAAACAGAACAUGAGUGACACAGACAGAAAAAUCCUCAAAGACAGGGCUGAGAAGUUACAGGAACAUUGGGAGGAGGCAUUGAUACAUGUCAAUCAAAGAAAGAACCAAUUAGAUGACAUGCUGCUGGAAUGUCGACAGUUUGACGAGAUGCACGCCGAGUUCGAGCGGUGGUUGGGACAGAUUGAGGAGGACCUCCAUGCUAACCCUGUCAAUGCUUCAGGGUCCAAUAUUGACCAACAGAUAGCUAAGCAGAAACAAUUACAGUCUGAGGUGGAUGAGAGACAGAGAAUCAUUGACAACCUGAAGAAGCUGGCCAGUAAACUGAUAGACGACUACUGUACAGAUGACACGAGUCGUGUCAAGCUACAGCUGGAGAAAGCCAUGAACCGCUGGUCCACACUUCUACAUAGGCUCGCUUUCAACAUCAAGUCCCUCCAGAACAACAAGAAUUCUAUCGCCCAGCUGGAUAGCACCCUAGAAAGCUUCACUAAGUGGAUGUCAGAGAUGGACAAAAGCUUGACCAGGCUGGUGGAUGAGACCGGACGAGGUGACGUCCGGCAAAAUGAAGAGCUGUGCUCAGAAUACCUGGUACAGUUUAAGGACCUCCAAGCAGAAGUUGACACAAACAAGACAACAUAUGAGUCUCUAAACAGUAGCGGGGCUCGACUGACGAGAACGAUGGGGGUGAGCGACGCUCAGGCUCUACAUCGAAGACUGGAGGAGAUGAACCAGAGAUGGAUCAGUCUCAUGACAAAGUCCAUGGAAAUCAGGGGGCGUCUUGAAAGCAAUGCUGACCAAUGGCUGCACUUGGUGAAUACAUUGCAAGAGCUGAUUGGAUGGGUGUUGGAGAAGCAGCAGGAAUUACUGGGCCAGAGGCCUCUAGGAGGGGAUUCAGGGGCCCUCCAGAGGCAAAACUUGGACAAUCAGAGGUUGCUUGUGAGCCUUGACACUAAGCGACCGAUCGUUGAGCAGAGUUUGGAAGCGGGGCGAUUCUACCUCAGGGAGGAGGGUCUAGAGAGAAGACUCAGCCAGGACAGUGUGGACAGCCAUGAAAAUGAAGCACUGGCACAGGGGGAGAUAACUCCAGAAGCACAGCAUCUUAUCAUUAAAAUCCGUCGACAGGUCCGCCUCCUAAACAGGAAGUGGACGGAACUGAACCAGGGAUGUCACGAGUGGCAGAGCAGAAUAGAACAUGCUACGGAGUUGAUGAGCAUGCUAGAAAGUGGCCUGGACAAGAUGGAGGAACAUUUGGUCCAAGCGGAACAGGCCAAGGCUAAAUGGCUGCCAGUGGCCGAUAUACCCAGAGAUAGACUACAACAAGAAAUCCACCACACAAAGAGCUUCCAGAUGAACCUUGAACCUUUACAGAAGGAUGCUGAUUACGUCAAUGAACAAGCCAAUCAGCUGCAGGCAUUACACGUUGUACUGUCCCACACCAAUGUACACAAACUCGAAGAAUAUAAUACAAGGUUUAAGGAGUUGCAGAUUCAGUCGGAGGACAGACUACGAGAUCUCACUGAGAUUUCGCGAGAGUUUGGUCCAGAAUCCCAACACUUCCUGUCUGCCUCAGUGGGACACCCAUGGGAACGAGCUGUGUCAGGGAAUAAAGUGCCUUACUACAUUAACCACAAUACAGCUACCACCCACUGGGACCACCCUGUGAUGACAGACCUUAUGGACAGCUUAGCGGACUUAAACAAUGUUCGAUUCGCUGCCUACAGAACUGCCAUGAAGCUAAGAAUGCUUCAGAAAAAACUCCGACUGGACUUGGUAGCUAUGAGCCUUGCCACAGAGUCUUUCGAUCAACACAAUCUCAGGGGACGUAAUGAUAACGUUAUAGAUGUUAUAGAUAUGAUCCGGUGUCUAAGAACUAUGUAUGAACGAAUCGAACAGAAACAUCAAAAACUUGUUAAUAUUUCACUCUGUGUGGAUUUAGUGCUUAACUGGAUACUAAAUGUUUAUGACAUUGCCAGAAGUGGAAAAGUUAGAGUCUUAUCAUUCAAAGUAGGAAUAUUACUAUUAUGCAAUGGACAGCUGGAUGAUAAAUAUAAGUUUUUAUUCCGUCUGAUCGCGGACGUUAAUGGUUUCUCAGACAAACGUCGGCUGGGCCUACUCCUACACGAUUGUAUGCAGGUCCCACGACAAUUAGGGGAGGUGGCUUCCUUUGGAGGCAGCAACAUUGAACCCAGUGUCAGGAGCUGUUUUGAAAUGGCUCACGGUCGACCAGAAAUUCAGGUGAAUCAUUUCCUGGAGUGGCUGAAGCUAGAGCCACAGUCCCUGGUGUGGCUACCCGUGCUGCACCGUCUGGCUGCCGCAGAAACCGCCAAACACCAAGCAAAGUGCAAUAUCUGUAAAGAAUACCCAAUUGUAGGAUUUAGAUAUCGAUGUCUAAGGUGCUUUAAUUUUGAUAUUUGCCAAAACUGUUUUUUCUCGGGGAGGAAGGCCAAGAACCACAAACUUGCCCAUCCAAUGCAAGAAUACUGCACUGCUACAACCUCAGGAGAAGAUGUUCGUGAUUUCACCAAAGUGCUGAAAAAUAAAUUCAAGUCCAAACGAUACUUCAAGAAACAUCCACGAUUAGGGUUCCUGCCAGUCCAGACUGUCUUAGAGGGGGAUGUGUUAGACAGCCCCUCGCCAUCACCGCAGCACAGUAUCUCGUCCCAUGAUAUGCAUUCCCGUCUCGAGCUCUACGCCAAUAGAUUGGCAGAAGUGGAGCAGAGGCAAAAUUCAUCCACCCCAGACUCAGAUGAUGAGCACCAUUUGAUAGCCCAGUACUGCCAGAGCCUUAAUGGAGAUACCUCAAACCAAGCAUUGAAGAGUCCAAUGCAGAUCAUGAUGGCGGUGGACUCCGAGCAGAAGACAGAACUCCAGGCCAUGAUCAGGGAUCUGGAGGAUGAAAACAAGACACUCCAAGCAGAGUAUGACCGGUUACGGCAGGCCAAUGAUAUGAGGGUUGUCAAUGGCAACGGCUUCUUGGACUCCAUGGAGGAACCGGAGGACCAUGAUGAGGAAAUGAUUGCAGAGGCCAAGUUACUACGACAACACAAAGGUCGACUGGAGUCAAGGAUGAGGAUACUCGAGGACCACAACAAGCAACUGGAGGCCCAGCUUCAGAGGUUGAGACAUUUACUGGACCAGCCCCAAGAUACCAGUUUACCGGUGACCGCUUCCAUUCCCACCACCCCCUCAUCCACCAGUUCUGGCCCCCAGGGUCAGUCCAAAUCAAGCUUCAGCCCUGCCAUGGAGUCCACCCCUAUAGUCAAUGGACAUUCAGAGAGAAAGUCUGAGGAAAAUGGAGACUUGAGUGAUAUUGUUCCUAACACCAGCACUUCAUAUUCCGAAGACAAAGGAAACAGCAGUGUAGGAAAUUUAUUUCAUUCCGCGGGACAGAUUGGGAAAGCGGUGGGGUCGCUGGUGACGGUGAUGACCGAGGAGGGGGACAUUGAGGAGGAUUAGAUAAAUUACACACGUAAUUCUCUGUAACUGUUUCAAAUUCCUGGACAGCUAUUCAUAAAAAUCUGUGCUGCUCUUUUUAUAUAUGUAUAUGUAGAAGUCAUUUAUGUUCAAACAUUAAUACUCGUCUUUCAGGAAGAGAUAAAUUCACAGCAACUGAUUGUGAUCGGGUUUUUUUUUUUACUUGAUGGUUUUUCAUAAAAAUUAAUUUUUCAUGUAACAAUUACCACAUGGUUGUAUGAUAAAUUUUUUUAUGUUUUAGAAUUUUGAAUCUAAUUUUUAUGGUUAAGGAAGGAAUCCUCUUUUCUCUUUAAUUGUUAGAAAGGUUGUUUGAAAAACAAGGGCAUUGAUAUUUUUCUGGCUUUUAUGGAGAAUUAAUUGUUUUGAUUGUUUUAAAUGCAAUUGAUUGCACUUAAGAUUCAGUGUUGCAUUUGGUUGUGAUUUUAAUGAUACCGAUACUUGUGUUGAAUAUUGCUAAUACUUGAUUUAAAGCUGAAAUGCACAAAUUUUGUGACACAUACUAGUACUAUUUGAUUAUAAGAAUUAAGUACUGGUAGUUUAAUUCUUAUAUAGAAGAGUUACAGAUGUAAAAUAAUUCUUUCUGUCAAAAUAGCAGAGUGAUUUUUAUUUUCACAUAAUUCCACAUACAUGUUUGUUAUGGUGCUACUUUUUUGUAACAAUUAUACAGAUGUUUUGAAUGCAAUUCAUUAGGCACUCUAAAGUUCUAGGAGUAAAGUACUAUUAGUAAUAUUCUGGUAAUAUUCAUGUAUUACAAAUUAUUCCAAUGUAAUGUGUAGUGUAUGAAUAGAAAUGUACUGGUUUGGUGACCAGAUAUUUUUCCUGCUGUAAUCAAGAAGAAAACGUAUAUUAGGUUUAUAUACAUCUAUAAUUGCAUAUAAAUUUUAAGUUCAUUGUGUUAUUUCAAUAUUAGAACUUAUGUAUUCUUAAAAUAAUCAAUAUGACCUAUUUAAAUUAUGAUAAUUGAACUGAAACAAAACCAUUUAGUCAAUAAUUUGAACUAUAUUUAAAAGUAUAUACAAUGUAAUCUGCUGAUCUGGGCUAAGAUGCUUUUGUGAUACUGAAGUAAAUAAGCCACUUUGUUAAAUAAUAGGCCAUAGUAAAUUGUUUAUUCAGAAUUCUAAAGUUUAUUAUGAACUGCAUCUUGAGUUUCUUUGUCCAGGUGUCAAAACUAUUGAUAGUCAAUUAUUAAUCUAUAUGAAUUGUUACAGAUGUAUUACAAAGCUACAUGUAUACAUUCUUUGAUGUAUAUCAUUUGAUGUGUUUCACAUCAAACACAAUAAAGAUUUAUGCAUUAAU